CUGGUAGCCGAGAGCAGAAGUAAUGAGAAGACACCAUGGACGCCCAGUCCCACAGCUCCACGACCACUGAGAAGAAAAAAGUUGAGAAUUCUAUAGUGAAAUGCUCCACUCGCACAGAUGUCAGUGAGAAAGCCGUGGCCUCCAGCACUACUUCCAAUGAGGAUGAAAGUCCUGGACAGACCUAUCACAGAGAGAGAAGGAACGCGGUCACCAUGCAGCCUCAAAAUGUCCCUGGGCUCAGCAAGAUCAGCGAGGAGCCUUCGACAUCCAGUGAUGAGAGGGCCUCACUGAUCAAGAAGGAAAUCCAUGGGUCCCUGCCACACCUGGCUGAGCCAUCCCUGCCAUAUCGUGGGGCUGUGUUCACCAUGGACCCCAGGAAUGGUUACAUGGAGCCCCAUUAUCACCCUCCUCAUCUUUUCCCUGCAUUUCAUCCUCCUGUACCAAUUGAUGCAAGACAUCAUGAAGGGCGUUACCAUUAUGAUCCAUCUCCAAUUCCUCCACUGCAUGUGCCUUCUGCCUUAUCCAGCAGCCCAACGUAUUCAGAUCUUCCCUUCAUUCGGAUCUCCCCACACAGAAACCCUGCUGCAGCUUCCGAGUCCCCUUUUAGCCCUCCACAUCCCUACAUCAAUCCCUACAUGGACUACAUUAGGUCUCUACACAGCAGCCCAUCCCUUUCCAUGAUCUCAGCAGCCCGGGGCUUGAGCCCCACCGAUGCCCCGCAUGCUGGAGUCAGCCCGGCUGAGUACUACCAUCAGAUGGCUCUGCUAGCCGGCCAGCGCAGCCCCUACGCAGAUAUCAUCCCCUCCCCUGCCACCGCAGGUGCUGGGGCCAUUCACAUGGAGUACCUGCAUGCCAUGGAGAGUACCAGAUUCCCCAGCCCCCGGCUGUCAGCCAGGCCAAGCCGAAAACGCACUCUGUCCAUAUCACCACUGUCCGAUCAUAGUUUUGACCUUCAGACCAUGAUAAGGACGUCUCCCAACUCCUUGGUCACAAUUCUAAAUAAUUCCCGUAGCAGCUCUUCAGCAAGUGGCUCCUAUGGUCACUUAUCUGCAAGUGCAAUCAGCCCUGCCUUGAGCUUCACCUACCCUUCCGCACCUGUAUCUCUCCACAUGCAUCAACAGAUUUUGAGCCGUCAGCCAAGCUUAGGAUCAGCUUUUGGACAUAGCCCUCCGCUCAUCCACCCUGCCCCAACUUUCCCAACCCAGAGGCCGAUUCCAGGGAUCCCUGCAGUUCUGAAUCCUGUCCAGGUCAGCUCUGGCCCUUCCGAGACCUCGCAGAACAAGCCAACGAGUGAGUCAGCAGUGAGCAGCAGUGGGGACCUGAUGCACAACAAACGGUCCAAGAUUAAACCUGAUGAGGAUCUCCCAAGCCCGGGACCUCGGGGCCAACAGGAACAGCCAGAAGGAACAACGCUGGUCAAAGAAGAAGGGGACAAAGAUGAAAGCAAGCAGGAGCCUGAAGUCAUCUACGAGACCAACUGCCAGUGGGAAGGCUGCUCUCGGGAGUUUGACACGCAGGAGCAGCUGGUGCACCAUAUCAAUAAUGACCAUAUUCAUGGAGAGAAGAAGGAAUUUGUGUGCCGAUGGCUGGAUUGCUCAAGAGAGCAAAAGCCCUUCAAAGCACAGUAUAUGCUGGUGGUGCACAUGAGGAGACAUACUGGGGAGAAGCCUCACAAAUGCACGUUUGAAGGUUGCACAAAGGCCUACUCAAGACUAGAAAACUUGAAAACGCACUUGAGAUCCCACACUGGAGAGAAACCAUACGUCUGUGAGCAUGAGGGCUGCAACAAGGCUUUUUCUAAUGCUUCUGAUCGCGCCAAGCACCAGAACAGAACGCACUCAAAUGAGAAACCAUAUGUGUGCAAGAUCCCAGGCUGCACCAAGCGCUACACAGACCCCAGCUCCCUCCGGAAACACGUGAAGACAGUGCAUGGCCCAGAGGCUCACGUCACCAAGAAGCAACGUGGAGGAGAUAUGCAUCCUCGACCCCCGCCACCACGAGAUCCCAGCAGCCACUCACAAUCCAGGUCACCUGGCCGGCAGACUCAGGGAGCCCUUGGGGAGCAGAAGGACCUCAGCAACACUACCUCGAAGCGGGAGGAAUGUCUCCAGGUGAAAGCCGUCAAGGCAGAGAAGCCCAUGACAUCUCAGCCGAGCCCUGGUGGUCAGUCUUCAUGCAGCAGCCAACAGUCCCCCAUCAGCAACUAUUCCAACAGUGGGCUCGAGCUUCCUCUGACCGACGAAGGUGGUGUAGGAGACCUCAGUGCCAUCGAUGACACCCCCAUCAUGGACUCGACCAUUUCCACCGCCACCACGGCACUCGCUUUGCAAGCCAGGAGGAACCCGGCAGGGACCAAAUGGAUGGAGCACAUCAAACUUGAAAGACUCAAACAAGUCAAUGGAAUGCUUCCACGACUGAACCCCGUUCUACCCCCCAGAGCCCCUGCAGUCGCUCCUCUCAUAGGAAAUGGCACCCAGCCCGGAGACAGCUGCAGUGUGGGUGGCCCAACAGCCCUACUCCCGGGCAGAAGUGACCUCUCCGGAGUGGACAUCACCAUGCUGAACCUGCUCGGCCGCCGGGACAGCAGCACGAGCACCGUGAGCUCGGCUUACCUGAGUAGCCGCCGGUCCUCGGGCAUCUCACCCUGCUUCUCCAGCCGCAGGUCCAGUGAGGCCUCGCAGGCCGAGGGCCGGCCCCACAACGCCAGUGCGGCCGACUCCUACGAUCCCAUCUCCACCGACGCGUCCCGCAGGUCCAGCGAGGCCAGCCAGGCUGGGGAUGGGCCGGCGGGCCUGCUCAGCCUCACCCCGGCCCAGCAGUACCGCCUCAAGGCCAAGUACGCCGCUGCCACGGGUGGGCCUCCACCCACGCCACUGCCCCACAUGGAUAGGAUGAGCCUCAGGACGCGCAUGGCCCUCCUAGGGGACUGCAGGGACAACGUGGGCGUCCUGCCACCCGUGCCCCCGCCUCGCAGGUGCAGCGACGGUGGAGCCCACGGACAUAGCCGCCGCCCGCUGCUGCUGUCACCGCACGAUGCUCCUGGCCACGGGGCCAGGAGGGCCAGCGACCCGGUGCGCAGUGGGGCCGAGGGCCUUUCCCUGUCCCUGCCUCGCCUGCCUCGGCUCAGCAGCCUGCACAACGCCAGCAAUCCCCCCGAGAAGGAGAAGAGCAACCUGGUGCUGCAGAAUUACACGCGGCCCGAUGGUGGCCAGCCACGACACUUCCACGGGUCGCCCUGUCCACCCAGCAUCACGGAGCAUGUCCCCCUGGAGACCCUGAGCAUGGACACCGACCCCGCCGCGCUCCACGCCGAGGAUUUUCUGCCCGAUGAUGUGGUGCAGUACCUGAGUUCCCAGGGCCUGGCUGGCUACGAGCAACAGCACUUCCCCGGGGCUCUGUCCAGCUGCGACAGCAAAGUGCCCCAGGGUCAGGGGCCCGGCCUAGGCAGCAGCGACUUGGACCCCACGGGCCUGCCACUGUCUCAGCGCCACACCAACCAGCAGUACUGUGCACCUGAGCAGCCCAGCAAGCCCGAUCUUCCCAUCCAGUGGAACGAGGUCAGCUCAGGCAGCGCAGACCUGUCUUCCUCCUCUUCCUCUUCCAAGCUCAAGUGCGGCCAGCGGGCUGGGCUGCUACAGGCCCGGGCGUUUGGCUUCUACGGCCACAUGAGCACCCACCCGCAGACCCCCCUGAGGACUGGGCAGCCCCUUGGGGAGCACUGCAGUUCCUACAAUGCCCCAGACCUCGCAGUGCCCCACAACGCCCCAGUCUCUGGUGGAAACUCCUUCCACGAACAGCCCUAUAAGGGACAGCAGUUGAGCAGCUGCCUUAACCGGCAGCAAGGGGCUGCUGGCUCUCAGGACGCCCCUUACCUGGCUGGGAUCCACACAUCGAAACUGAAAAGUGCCCUGGUGCCAGGGAACAGGGACCAGCCGGAGUUUGGCCUCCCCGCAGCUCCACAGGAGUCAGACAUCAGCACCGUGAACUCCAUGCCAGCACAGGACCCCCUAGGUCACCGGUAUGUGGGGCCACCGCUGCUGGGUGAAGGCUCGCAGCAGCAGAGGGCAGGCCGCCCCGGGAUGCAGAUCACUGCUACCUCACAUGCCAACACCUACCAGGGACCAGAGAGUGGCCUGCCAGGGCCUCCUGGCAUGGGUGGCCACCUCUCCAGCCUGGCAGUCCCCCGGGGCUACCAGCCAUGUGCGGCCUAUGGGAGCAGUAGGCGGCAAGCUGUGCCCAGGGCAGGCCUCUGUUUGCAGCCUGGACAGCUUGGUGACCCGAGUCAGCCCUGCAGAGUGAGUGGCAUCAAGAUGGAGACUCAAGGGCCCUACCCGCUGUGCUCUGGCUUGCAGAGUUACUCAGGUCAGUUCUAUGACCAGGCUGAGGGCUUCUGUCAGCAGGACAUGAAGGCUGGUUCCUUCUCGGUUUCGGAAACCAGCUGCCUGCUUCAGGGGAACAGUUCAGAGAGUUCCGAGCUACUUUCCCCAGGAGCUAACCAGGUGACUAGCACAGUGGGCAGCCUCGACAGCCAGGAUCUGGAAGGGGUGCAGAUUGACUUCGACGCCAUCAUAGAUGAUGGGGACCAUGCCAGCCUGAUGUCAGGUGCCUUGAGCCCAAGCAUCAUUCAGAACCUCUCCCACAGCUCCUCGCGCCUCACCACACCCCGCAUGGCCCUUCCACUGCCCGCACUAGCCGUGAGUGCCACCAAUAUGGCCAUUGGGGACAUGAGCUCCCUGCUGACCUCCCUCGCUGAGGAAAGCAAAUUCUUGGCAGUGAUGCAGUAG